UAACCUUACCUCUUCUUCUCUCUCUCUCUUUUCUCUCCCUCAACACGCACAGACACAAACACAAGCUUUAAUAUACUCUCUUUGAUGGCUGGAGGAGAGAAAAGAAGAGGACUUAGCAAAUCUUGUGCUCUUCUCAUAGUGAUUGCUGGGAUAGAGAGAUAUGCAUUCAAAGGAGUUGCAUCAAACUUAGUGACAUAUCUAACUGAUGUGGUGAAGAUGAGCAAUUCCAGAGCAGCCACGACUGUUAACACUUGGAGUGGCUUCACUUUCAUGUUGCCUCUCUUCUCUGCUCCUUUCGCCGAUUCUUAUUGGGACAGAUUCUUCACCAUCCUUGCUUCUUCUUCUCUCUACUUUGUGGGUCUAGUGGGAUUGACAUUUACGGCAUAUGCUGGGUCACGUUCCACUACAAAAACCAUCUCUCUUUACUUCCUCUACACUUCACUCUCCCUCGUCGCUCUUGGCCUUGGCGUCUUAAACCCAUCUCUACAAGCCUUUGGUGCUGACCAGCUCGACCACGACCUUGACCAAGACCAUGACCACGAGCCAUCCUCAGAGAACAAAGAAGUCAAAUCAAACCGCAAGACUAAGUUUUUCCAAUGGUGGUACUUUGGUGUCUGCGCCGGUAGUCUUCUAGGAGUCACCGUCAUGGCUUAUAUCCAAGACACGUUUGGUUGGGUUAUCGGUUUUGCAAUCCCAACCGCUUCAAUGUUGUUGUUGAUCUUCUUGUUCUUGUGUGGCUGCGGGGUUUAUGUCUAUGCUGAUCCAGACCUCAAAGCUAAACCAUUUCAAAGGAUAUUAGAGAGUAUCAAAGAAAGAGUGUGUGGAAGCAAUAAGAUAACUCUUGUGAACGACCACGAUUUAAAUGCCAUGGAGCUAGAGCUGCAAGAUCAGAAGCCUCUAUGUAACUGUAGCAACACUGAAGCUAAUACUACUACCAAGAGCUUACCUGAUGAUCAUAAAAGCUGCAAAACCGGUUUCUCAGGGCUUGAAACCGUCAAGCUAUUGCUUCGGCUUUUACCUAUAUGGACGAUGCUUCUAAUGUUUGCAGUCAUAUUCCAGCAACCCGCGACCUUUUUCACAAAGCAAGGUAUGACUAUGAAGAGAAACAUCGGACCAAACUUCAAAAUCCCACCCGCAACGCUACAAAGCACAAUCACUUUAUCCAUAAUCCUUCUUAUGCCCUUUUACGACAAAAUCUUGAUACCAAUCGCCAAAAAAAUAACGAAAAACGAAAAAGGUAUUUCCGUCAAGGAGAGAAUGGGGAUUGGGAUGUUCCUAUCCAUUAUCGCCAUUGUUAUUGCCGCGUUAGUCGAAAGAAAAAGACUAAAGAUAAGCAAAAUGAUGAAGACUACACCGAAUUCGGAUCCGUUGAGCAUAUUGUGGCUCCUACCUCAAUACAUUCUAUUGGGAAUCUCGGACAUUUUCACUGUUGUUGGAAUGCAAGAGUUCUUCUACAGCGAGGUUCCUGUUAGCAUGAGAACAAUGGGAUUUGCUUUGUACACAAGUGUUUUCGGUGUGGGGAGUUUUGUGAGUGCUGCGUUGAUUUCGAUAAUCGAGACUUACUCGAGCUCAAGAGGUGGAAAACAUAACUGGUUUGCAGAUGAUAUGUCGGAAGCUAGACUUGAUAACUAUUAUUGGCUUUUGGCUUUCACUAGUGCUAUUAGCUUCUUGAUUUAUAUUGUUAUUUGCAAGCAUUUCAAGAGUAGAAGUGAUGAUGAUGAUCAAUGUGAUACAAAUUGUUAAUAAACUAAAGAAACACCUCUUUUUAAA